AUGACAGUGGACUUCAGGAGACACCCCUCACCACUGCUCCCCCUCACAAUAUCCAACAGCCCUGUGUCAACUGUAGCGACCUUCAAGUUUCUGGGAACUACCAUUUCCCAAGACCUGAAGUGGGAGCCCACCAUCAGCUCCAUCCUCAAAAAGGCCCAGCAAAGGAUGUACUUUCUGUGGCAACUGAGGAAGUAUGGUCUGCCACAGGAGCUGUUGAGCCAAUUCUACACUGCAGUCAUUGAAUCCGGCCUGUGCACAUCCAUCAUGCCCAAGCGUCACAUCCUGGCCUGGCCCAGUGCCGGCCAGAAACAGACGGGCUCCCCCUCUCAGCCGGGCUCUGCUCAAGAUUAUGUACCAUCUACAUCUGAUGAGCUGAGGAUUGUGCUGGUGGGUAAGACCGGAGCAGGAAAAAGUGCAACAGGAAACACCAUCCUGGGGGGAGAAGUAUUUAAAUCAGGAUUAUCCCUAACGUCAGUAACAAAGAGCUGUGUGAAAAAGGUUGGAGUGCGUCUAGGUAGAAGCAUUGCUGUGAUUGACACCCCAGGAGUCUUUGACACAUCGAUGACUGAAGAAGAGGUGAGAAAGGAAAUAGAGAGAUGUGUCCACUUAUCUGUCCCAGGACCACAUGUGUUUCUGCUGGUCAUCAGACUGGGGAGAUACACACAGGAGGAAAGGGCCGCUGUGGAGUGGAUCCAGAAGAAUUUUGGAGAGGAAGCAGCAAAGUACACAAUGCUGCUGUUUACAGGAGGAGAUCAGCUGGAUAAACCAGUGGAGGAGCUCCUCAGGCAAAGUGAUGAGCUUUGGCGUUCUGAAUUCAAGUUUGAAUAUCAUGUGUUCAACAACAGAAAGAAGAGCAACAGUCGCAAGGAAACUCAGGUUCUAGAGCUGCUGGAUAAGAUAAAGGUCAUGGUGGAGAGGAAUGGAGGGCAACAUUAUACUAAUGAGAUGUACCAGGAAGCUCAGAGAAAGAUCAGUGAAGAGAAGGAGAGACAGAGGCAGGAAGAAGAGAGAAGGAAGCAGGAGGAGAGGAGGAUUAGAGAAGAGAUCGAGAGGAUUAGAGCAGAAGAGAGACAGAGGCAGGAAAAACAGAAGGACGAAGAAUGGGCGAGAGUGAAAAGAGAAGAAGAAAGACAGAGAGAUAAGAAAAAGUUUGAGCAGGAGCAGCAGCAGCUGGAGCAGUUGCUUUAG